AGGAACAACAUUAUUGAAACUGGUUGGCUGUUGCUUCUCAAUUUUAAUUAAAAAUUAUUAAUCACAUUUAUUUUUAAAUUGUUUUGUAUGCUUUCUGAUACAUUGUUGUGUCAAGAGAACAUUUGAAAAUGAACAAUCUUCCCCUUGGUCCUCAGCAGACCAGCAGCAUUCAGUCUACAACAAACAGUCGCUUUUUACCUGGUGGAGGUGGCAUGGAUAUUGUUGGAGCUGCUGGAGUUCCUUCUGCCUCUAUUUCCCCAGAGGAAAAAGAGCGUCUUUAUGCAUACAUUCUGCAAUUGAACCAACCUGAAACUAGAGAGGAGGCGCUCCAGGAAUUGAGCAAAAAACGGGAAUCCAUGGCAGAUUUGGCUCCUCUUCUCUGGCACUCCUUCGGGACAGUAGCUGCUCUCCUUCAGGAGAUCAUCAAUAUUUAUCCCUCAAUUUGCCCUCCUGCACUUACUGCUGGCCAGAGCAACAGAGUAUGCAACGCAUUGGCAUUACUUCAAUGCGUGGCUAGUCACCCCGAGACCCGGUCUCACUUCCUGGCUGCUUGCAUUCCUCUCUAUCUUUAUCCCUUCCUGUCAACCUCCUGCAAAACCCGGCCCUUCGAAUACCUCCGUCUCACUGCGCUGGGCGUCAUAGGAGCUUUGGUUAAGACUGAUGAAAAAGAAGUGAUCAACUUCCUCCUGGCGACCGAGAUCAUCCCCCUGUGCCUGCGCAUCAUGGAGUCAGGCUCUGAACUAAGCAAGACUGUCGCCACUUUUAUCCUCCAGAAAAUUCUUUUGGACGAGACGGGGUCUGGAUUGCAUCACAUUUGUCAGACUUACGAGAGGUUUUCCCACGUGGCCAUGAUCCUGGGCAAGAUGGUGAUUGCUUUGGCGAAAGAACAGAGCGCCAGACUGCUCAAGCACGUCGUCAGGUGCUACCUCAGACUCUCUGAUAAUGUCCGAGCAAAAGAAGCUCUGCGCCAGUGUUUGCCCGACCAACUCAAGGACAACACGUUCAGCAACUGCCUGAAGGACGACAAGAGCACGAAGGCGUGGCUGCAGCAGCUCCUCACUAACCUGGACACCGCGUCCACCCCAACAACUCCCAUGGGCGGCAUCGCGUCAAGACCUGAACUGCCCGCAAGCUCCGCCGGCGCCCUGCCGUCCCUCGCCACAGAGGUGCCUGGCUACCUCGCUCACUACUGAUGCUUCAUGAUGAUGACUCAAUGCACUCUCGUAUCAAACCCGCCUCUUGAAGUUGAAACUCGGCCUCCGCACCACUUGAAAUAUCAAGCCUUCUUGCUUCAUCUUCAUCAAUUUUCUGCGACUCGGAUCUUGAUGGUUACAUAAUGUGAUGAAGUGGCCAGAAGGCAGGAGAUGUUCUUUACUCAGCCUCUCAGCUAGCGAGGCAAUUAGUUGAUAUUUAUAAUGGAGACUUCGUUAACGAGGGCAUCGAAAGUGCGCUAGGAUUCCUUCUCCUUGUACACCAAAUUUUGUUUUGAGAGUAUCAUGGAUGUUUUUUUUUAACGACAGCAACUAAAAUAUAUUACUUAUAUUUAGUUUUUUUAAGUCGCUAUCAUUAUAGGUAUUCACUGAAACCUAGAAAACGUACAAGUGACUAUACAAUGACAAACUUUUUUUUAGAGUUAGCAACCGAACCGGGAUGAUAAUUAUUUACAGCUGAUGUUGAACCUAAUUCAUUUUCUUUUUUGAGA